CUGAAAGGAAGCGGAAGUGCAUGUAUAGCCUCAUGUGUUAGUAUGCGUCUUAUUUCAGCAGAUAAUUAAAAUUGACUUCACCGAUUAAAAACCGUCUCCAGGAAAAAUGAUGAUGCACAGAAUGUAUCCAUGGUGCACAAUCAGGCCAUGUCAGGUCUUUAAGACUACAAAAUGGGAGAAAAUUCAAGGAAUGAAUACAUGCUGAGAAGCACAAGGCAUUCGUAUAGCUCCCCUGAUGGCUAGUGAGGAUUCAAGUGAUGACAUCUCUCUGACUUCACCCUCUCCAGCGAAGACAACGAAGAAGCAACACAAGUCACCUGAAACGUGGUCCAAAAAGGAACUCAGUCAGGAUGCUGACAACACAUCAGAUGGAAAGGAGUCACCAACAGAGCAGGCAGAUGGUCAGAGAAGGACGUAUAGCUAUAUGAGCCCAAUUAGCAGUGAUGUAGAUGACUUUCCUGAAAAGCCUCAGAGAAGAGAUCAUGCUAAACAGGGCAUGAGGCAGUCCAUGAAGAGUUCACACCAAGAAAAGCCUAAAAGAAAAGGAAGCAUCAAAAAGAUACAGAACUGUAGUGAUCUCAGUCCAGCUAAAAGUGAGUCGGAGUCAGAUGAUUACAUUUCAGAAGUAUCACUAAAGAAAAGGGGUCGGGCAAGAAAAGAAACAAUGAAGUCACCAAAGGGCUCAGACCAGGAAGCCAGAAAUGGCCUCACUGGGAAGGUGAAAGCUAGAAAGGGACAAAACAAUAAACAGGCCAAUAGCAAUUUUUUAACAGACAGCGAUUCUGAAACGUUCUCUGAUAAGUUGACCAUGUCCAGAAAGUCACAAGGAAAGUGUAGACCGUCUACAGAAAAGGUUGAGCGAGUAGAACACAGUACAUCUGAUUUGGACAGCAGCAGAGCAAGGAGUUGUAGCAUGUCCGAGGAUGAAGACGCUAAAGACUCUGCGGAGCAUCGAGCCAAAAACAGUGCCGAAAAAUUCCAAACAAGGAUCAAGCACAGACAUUCAGAUUCUGCAUCCUCUGACACUGAACCGGACAGGGAAGAGAAGCCAGAAAUGCACAGUGUCAAAGUAAAUCGGAAGCGAAAGAAUCAAGCUUUAAAAACGUUACUUGGAAAGUCUGAUCUGGUAGAGCAGCCUGUUGAAGGCUCAUUGAGUAAACCUCGAGUUAAGAAAAAAGAGGGACAGAGCCCUCGAAAAGCUGUACCCAUCGAGUGUGAAAUAUGUGGCCGCAGCAUCCGGUGUAAAGCCAUAUUAGAGAGGCACAUGCUCUCUCACACAGGAGAGAAACCAUUUGAAUGUGAUGAAUGCGGCAAGCACUACACCAGCAGCUCCAACCUGCGCAUCCACCAGCUCAGCCACAGCGGGAAGAUGGACUACGUUUGCAACGAAUGUGGCCAGAAGUUCACUCACUUGCCGUAUCUGAAAAGACACUUGUUGAGGCACUCGGGGAAGAAGAUGCACAUUUGUGAACACUGCGGCAAAGGCUUCAUCCAAAAAUACCACCUUCUACGCCACAUACUAGUACAUACUAGGCAAAUGCCGCACGUCUGCAAUAAAUGUGGCAUGAGCUUCAACCGUACAGACUACCUGAAUCUACAUCUGCGCAACGUCCAUCUGAUCGAAAGUAACACACCCAAAGCAAAGGCAGAAAAACUUUACAAGUGUGAGACAUGUAAUAAAUCCUUUUCCAACCACAGUUCACUGGAAACACACAAACGCAUACACACGGGGGCCAUGCCAUAUUCGUGUAUUGUAUGCUCGCGCCAGUUCAAACAGUCAAGUCACCUCUAUUCCCACAUGUUCACACACUCCAGUGAGAAGCCGCAUGCAUGUAACCUCUGUGAGCUGAAGUUCACUCGAAAAAGCUACCUGCGAAAGCACAAAGAACGGGUGCACUCUGGAGCUGAAGAGGCACAAAGUUCCUGACUGUUCCUACAGCAUGGCCUAAUUUGAGGAUACUCAGCAAGAUUGAAUUCUCAUUCACAAACUCAAAACAACCGUAGGGAAAAGAAAACAGUCUGAGCCGAGUUGUUUUUUAUAUUGUGAUUAAAAAAGAUGCACUUUUUCAU